AAGCUUCCCCGCAGAUCUCGGAAUGCAUUUUUCAUACAUUGAGAUUCGGGGUAGGUUAAAGCAGCAUAUAAAGAGGCUCAAAACGAAGCAGCAAUGACUUGGAUGAGGUCAACAGGCGUUCUAGGCACUUUAGCGGGGUUUACAUUAGACGGGAUUGUUUGUCUACGCCGUGAAUCGGCGGAUAUUGUUUUACACUAUACCUACGUAUUUGUCCACCGGUUGGUUGGAUCCCAAAUGUCCCGGGUGCAUUGUACAGGUGGAGAUACCAUUAUUAUAUUGUAUGUGUUUGACUACACUUGUAUUUGUUAGAGUUCUAAGAUCUAGAAUAAGACUAGAGAAAUAAAGCAUCGGACAUGAAGGCAAG